GGUAUGUCUAGUUAUUAAUACUCACUGUAGGGUCCAACACAUUCUCCUCCUCUCUCUUUCGCUUUCUCUCUCUCGCCUAUUGUCACGUUCCUGUUGAUCAGUGGAAAAGACUUUCAACUGAAGUCAGUCCUCCAUUCUCUCCUUCUCUCCAUCUGUGAGACCAGAGCAACCAUGUCAGACAACGAAGAGGUUGAAGAGUUCGAGGAGGAGAAAGAGGAGGUGGUUGAAGAGGAGAAACAGGAAGAGGAGGAGCCAGCCGUAGAGGAGGAAGAGGAGGAGCCAGCCAUAGAAGAGGAAGAGGACACCAACGAGGAGCCAGAUGCAGGGGAGGAGCCACAUGAGGGAGAGGAGGAGCAUGCAGAGGAAGGGGAGGGGGCAGAGGAGGGAGAAGAGGAGACCAAACCUAAAUUCAAGCCAUUCAUGAUGCCUAACCUCAUCCCACCUAAGAUCCCAGAUGGAGAGAAGGUAGAUUUUGAUGACAUCCACAGGAAGCGUAUGGAGAAGGAUCUGAAUGAGCUGCAGACGCUGAUCGAGGUUCACUUUGAGAGCAGAAAGAAGGAGGAGGAGGAGCUUAUCAACCUCACCGACAGGAUCGAGAAGCGACGUUCCGAACGAGCAGAGCAGCACAGGAUCCGCAGCGAACGAGAGAAAGAACGACAGAAGAGGUUGGAGGAUGAGAGGACUCGUAAAGAGGAGGAGGAGGCGAAGAGGAAAGCGGAUGAUGAUGCUAAGAAGAAGAAGACGUUGACCAGCCUGCACUUUGGAGGCUACAUGCAGAAGAUGGAGGUCAGAGGGAAGAGACAGACAGAGAGAGAGAAGAAGAAAAAGAUUCUACAGGACAGACGGAAGUCUCUGGACAUCGAGAACAUGAGCCAGGACAAACUGAAGGAUAAGGCCCAGGAGCUGUGGUCGUGGCAGCAGCAGCUGGAGGCUGAGAAGUUUGAUCUGCAGUAUCAGAUUAGCAGACAGAAGUAUGACAUCAACGUCCUCCGCAACAGAGUGUCAGACCACCAGAAGACCACCAAGAGAACCAAGAGAGGCCUGAGGAAGUAGAAAGAGACUGAAGAGGGACUGAAGAGGGACUGAAGAGGGACUGAAGAGGGACUGAAGUAGACUGGCUGAGGAGACCAGCUGUCUGGCCUAUCUGUCUAUAGUCUGGCUGGCUGACGGAAGAGGGCCAAAUCAGUUGCUUCCCUCCCGCCAUCUCUCUCCUUCCCACCAUCUCUCUCUUCCUACAUCUCUCUCCUUCCCGCCAUCUCUCUACUUCCCGCCAGCUCUCUCCUUCCCGCCAUCUCUCUCUUCCUACAUCUCACUCCUUCCCACCAUCUCUCUCUUCCUACAUCUCUCUCUCUUCCU